CGAAAUAAUUUAGAAAACGACAAGAGCGUGUUUCACGUUCAAUAUUUUUCGACUUUUGCAUAUUAAAUAUUGCCUUGUUUGUUGUGCGUUAGUUUUAAUGUGAUAAUGACGGAAAGAAACGACACACAAAGCACAACUCAACGGACGGAUCCAAUCGAAGAUUCGGAUGCUAAUAAGCAGGAAAUACACAGUGCACACUAUGACUCAACAGAUAUCUAUUAUCGGUGUCGCUCGCCAAGCUGCUCCGACGAGACGGACGAGGAGGAUGAUCCAUAUCAGGAACUGUUUAUGAAUGCCUGGCGAUCGGCACCCGCGUCCUCCGAUGAAGAGGACGAACCGGUUGUCGAGUUUAACCAAUUACUACAUCCCGACGCGAAACCGUUUUCGCUCAUGGACGAUUCGGACCUAUGGGAUUAUAUGGACGAAAGUGAGCUCAAAGAGCGACUCAAGAACCAGCCCCGGUUGCUGGAAGAAAUCACACGCAAACGAAAGCGCCGGAUGCUGGACGACGAAUACAAACCGGAUGAUGAUGAUCUGACGGAAGUGCUGGAUAGGUUUGUAAAGUAUGUCCGCACGGAGCCAACAAACAUACGCGACGAAUGGGAGAAUACUUCACAUGACGGUGGUGCAACUUUAUGAAACGGCAGUGAUGUUUACUGCUAGAAAUUGUCGGAUCUGAGAAAAUGGCCGAUGGUGUAGAGGAAUCGACAAUGUUAAACCGAAAUACUUUUACUAUGCAACGAAGACUGUGACUGUUAUUGAUACAUUUCGUUUUAGUCUAGCCGAAGUCUUCCUUGGCAAUAAUAUAGAGGUUUCAGAUAUGCCAUAAUGCACUAUUUUUUGACAGAUUCUAAUUUUA